AUGUAUAGAUACGACGACUUUGAUCGUAACUUUGUCGCUGAACGUGUUGCCCACUACCGCUCUCAGACGGAGCGGUAUCUUGCCGGUAAGCUCAGUGAUGACGAAUUUCUGCAAUUACGGCUGCGUAACGGCCUGUAUGUGCAACGCCUGGCGCCCAUGCUCCGUGUCGCGGUCCCUUAUGGAACGCUUUCAGCAGGACAGCUGCGAAUGCUUGCGCACAUAGCACGCCAGUAUGACCGUGGCUAUGGUCAUCUCAGCACCCGUCAGAAUAUGCAGUUCAACUGGCCGGACCUGGCUGAGGUUCCGGACAUUCUGGAAGAUCUGGCGAAAGUAGAGAUGCACGCCAUCCAGACCAGUGGCAACUGCAUCCGUAAUGUCACUACUGAUGAAUUUGCAGGUGCGGCGCGCGAUGAAGAAGUUGAUGCCCGCCCUUAUUGUGAAAUCAUGCGUCAGUGGUCUACCAACCACCCUGAAUUUGACUGGUUGCCCCGGAAAUUCAAGAUCGCUGUUUCCGGCGCAACAACAGACCGUGCGGCGAUUGCAGUACACGAUAUCGGUUUACGCGCCGGGCUCGAUGCCCAGGGCAAAGUGGUAUUUGACGUGUUUGUUGGUGGCGGUCUGGGCCGCACACCGGUUAUCGGCUCACAAAUCUACAGUGGCCUGCCGGUACAGCAUCUGCUGACUUAUCUGGAAUCCAUCAUGCGCGUCUAUAACCGCUAUGGUCGACGCGAUAACAAGUACAAAGCGAGGAUUAAAAUUCUCGUUCGCGCCAUGGGUGCGGAUGCUUUCAAAGCCAAAGUUGAAGAAGAUUGGCAAGAGGUCAAAGAUGGCCCCUCUACUCUGCUGGAUGCCGAAGUUGAACGUAUGGUUGCUGCCUUCGAGCCCCCCGCUUUUGAUAAGUUGGAAGAUGCCACAGCACAGCUUGACGCGCUUCGUUUUGAACACCCUGAAUUUGGACGCUGGCUACAGCAUAACGUCAAACCGCACAAACAAACGGGUUAUGCCGUUGUUGUUCUGUCUACGAAAGUCACCGGCGUGCCUACUGGAGAUGUCAGCGACGAGCAGAUGGAUGCAGUGGCUGAUUGGUCGGAGCGUUUCAGCUUCAGCGAGUUGCGCAUCUCUCACGAACAGAACUUCGUACUUCCCCAUGUGCCUAUGCAGAACCUUUUUGAACUCUGGCAGGCGGCAACGGCCCAUGAUCUGGGUACGGCGAACAUUGGCUUGCUGACAGAUAUUAUCUGUUGUCCUGGCGGAGACUACUGUUCGCUGGCUAACGCUAAGUCAAUUCCCGUGGCUGAAGCCAUUCAGCAGCGCUUUGACGACGUUGACUAUCUUCAUGAUCUGGGCGACCUGGACAUCAAUAUUUCUGGUUGUAUGAAUGCCUGCGGUCAUCACCAUGUUGGCCACAUCGGAAUUCUGGGCGUUGAUAAGAAAGGCCAGGAGUUCUACCAGAUUUCAUUAGGUGGCCAUUCCGGGCAUUCCGGUUUACCUGCUUCUCUCGGACAGAUCGUCGGGCCAAGUGUGGCGCGUGAAGAAGUCACCGAUGUGGUUGCCGCAAUUUUUGAGGUCUACCUGCAACAGCGUCUGGAAGGUGAGCAGUUUUUAAGCUGUUUCAAACGCAUAUCCAUUGAUCCAUUUAAAGAGAGAGUUUAUGCCAACGCUGAUUAA